ACAGGUAGAAGAGAGUAAAUGAUGGAGAAGGAGGAAUAAAACUCCAUCACUGCGCUGGACAGAAUAAAACUCCAUCACUGCGCUGGACAGAAUAAAACUCCAUCACUGCGCUGAACAGAAUAAAACUCCAUCACUGCGCUGGACAGAAUAAAACUCCAUCACUGCGCUGGACAGAAUAAAACUCCAUCACUGCGCUGGACAGAAUAAAACUCCAUCACUGCGCUGGACAGAAUAAAACUCCAUCACUGCGCUGGACAGGACCGUGAGAGUGGCACGCGAGCUUCCGCAUCAAAAUGACCGUCUUUGAAGUUAGCAACUGGCUAAUGGAGAGCGCAGUGGAGAAAAUAAUGAGCGAAAACCUGACCUUCACGAUUCUGGCAACGUCAGCCUUCACGCUCGCCCUGGCGUAUUUAUCUAAGAUGGUGUUUAAACAGCAGCAGCCGCAGGAUAAAGACGGCGGACAGAAAUAUCCUCCGUUCAUCCCGUCCAGUUUGCCCUUCCUGGGUCAUGCCAUCGCUUUUGGAAAAAGUCCCAUUGAAUUCCUGGAAAACGCAUACAAGAAGUAUGGCCCUGUGUUCAGCUUCACCAUGGUGGGGAAGACCUUCACCUAUCUGGUGGGAAGUGAAGCAGCUGCUCUGAUGUUCAAUAGUAAAAAUGACGACCUGAAUGCUGAGGACGUUUACUCACGACUGACCACGCCGGUGUUCGGCAAAGGAGUGGCCUAUGAUGUCCCGAACCACGUGUUCUCGGAGCAGAAGAAGCUGUUGAAGACGGGGCUGAAUAUGGCUCGCUUUAAGCGACAUGUACAGAUCAUUGAAGAAGAAACGAGGCAGUAUUUCGCCCGCUGGGGGGAGAGUGGGGAGAAGAAUCUGUUCGAGAGUCUGAGUGAGCUGAUCAUCCUGACAGCGAGUCACUGUCUGCAUGGUGUGGAGAUCCGCAGUGUCCUGACAGAGAGUGUAGCUCAGCUCUACACUGACCUCGAUGGAGGAUUUACCCAUGCUGCCUGGAUUUUACCCCACUGGAUUCCUUUACCCAGCUUCAGGCAGAGAGACCGUGCUCACAUAGCAAUCAAAGAAAUCUUCUACAAAGUGAUCCAGAAGCGCAGGAAGAGUACGGAGAAGGAGGACGACAUCCUGCAGACUCUGAUAGAUGCCUCAUACAAAAAUGGCCAUGCUCUGAACGACGAUGAGAUUUCAGGCAUGUUGAUCGGUCUGCUGUUGGCCGGUCAGCACACUUCCUCCACCACCAGUGCGUGGUUAGGGUUCUUCCUGGCUCGAGACUCUUCUCUGCAGAAGCGCUGCUACAGCGAACAGAAACAAGUGUGUGGAGAAAACUUGCCUCCCAUCACCUACGAGCAGCUGAAGGAGCUGACCGUGCUGGACCGCUGCCUGAAGGAAACUCUGAGGCUGCGUCCUCCCAUCAUGACCAUGAUGAGAAUGGCUCGAACUCCUCAGAAAGUUGGAGAAUACACCAUCCCUGCAGGACACCAGGUGUGUGUGUCUCCCACCGUAAACCAUCGCCUCCAGGACACCUGGACUCAUCGACUGGACUUUUACCCUGACCGUUACCUUGGUGAUAACCCCGCCGCUGCUGAGAAGUUCGCCUAUGUGCCAUUUGGAGCGGGCUUGGGACCAGCACGGAAAGCUAACUCUUCAGUGGCUGGGUUAGCAUACGGCCAGGAAUUGCCAGGCCACGGCAAUGAGAGCAUGAGAUCCUGCCACUGGACCUCCAGGAGGCUGAACUGGGGCAUGUCAAGGCAGAGAGACCGUGCUCACAUAGCAAUCAAAGAAAUCUUCUACAAAGUGAUCCAGAAGCGCAGGAAGAGUACGGAGAAGGAGGACGACAUCCUGCAGACUCUGAUAGAUGCCUCAUACAAAAAUGGCCGUGCUCUGAACGACGAUGAGAUAGAGUAAUGGUGGAUGGUCUUUUGGUUUCAUCUUGUCGAGCAGUAAAAGAUCUUGGUGUGAUUAUUGACUCUGGUCUUUCGUUUGAAGCUCAUGUAGAUAAUAUCACUCGGGUAGCCUUCUUCCAUCUCAGAAAUAUUGCUAAGAUAAGAAAUAUGAUGUCACUUCAUGAUGCAGAGAAACUAGUUCAUGCUUUUGUUAGCUCUAGGUUGGAUUAUUGUAAUGUCUUACUGUCUGGAUGUUCCAGUAGGAGCAGAAACAAGCUCCAGUUAGUCCAGUCAUCAGUACAGUCAGAGAGUGAGCGCUCCAUCUCACCUACGGUACCCUUUAGCGCAGACAGCCCGGCAUCGAUGGCCUCAUCAUUUGCCAGUUGUGUCUUCACAGCCUGUAAUUCAGAUUUUAUUGUCGACAAGUCAUCGUAGCUCCGCCUUAAAAAUAUCCCCAAUUCGUUCCUCAAAGAGGAUAAUAUCUCGAGCUUCAGCGCACCAGUGUCAAUUACAGAAACUGUCUGGAGAACAGAGGGGUCAGUGUGCGGCGGUGAAUCAUGCAAAGGUGAGGCCAUGACCUGUUGAUUGGGCCUCAGUUGUGACUAAGUUGUACUGAGGGUUUUUGGUGUUCUUACCGGACAUAAUAACCACUUCCAAAAUCAAAUAUAAAAACAAAAUGGGGAAAAGUAACAGCAAAAUUAAAACUAGAAAGCGCAAAUGAAUAACAAUUAUAUCAACAAUCCACCGGAGCCUCCUAAACCACGUCCUACUCCAUUACAUGCUCUACAGCACCCCCCCCCCAUUUUACAUUAAAUGUAAAAUAUUUAAUGUCAUUUUUUUCAUUUCUUUAAUUUUAUUUGAUCAAUUUAAUCAAUUACUCAAUUUAGUCAACUUAAUUUAAUUUAUAUAUUUUACCAAAAAAAGUGUAUUUAUAUCAAGAGAAUUACUAGUAAAGAACUAUUUCCGGCAUGUGGAGUGUCAUCAACACAUAAUAUUAUUAGUAGUUGUCACUAAUCAAUCUGUACUGGAAACACGGUUUGUACUGCACAUGUGCAGAAAUACGUCUACUUCUAGUCUGAAGUAUGAUGAAACGAUUUACAGCAGGUUUUUUUUACAAUAUUGUUGUUAUAAUACUACUAAUAAUAUAAUGUUAUAAUGUGUUGGCAGCAAUUUCAUGCAUGCACAGUACAAAUAGUGUUUCCGGUACGGAUCGAAUAUUUACUGGGCUAACGUGUUUGCUAAUAUUUGGCAGCUGGCUAACAUGCGCUAACCUGACUGCUAACAGUAGCCCACUAGCUAACAUGCGCUAACUUGACAGGAUAUUGAGGUGUUUUUAAAUCCAUAAUCGCUGCUGUUAAUACUAAGCAGUUAGCUAACAAUGAGCUGACAUGCUAAUGGAUUUUGUUGUCCUCAAGCCACAUAUACAUUUACAGUAAAAUUAGCGCAACAGAUUUCUCACGUGGGGAAAGCAGCGAGAAUGCAGAAGUUAACUCUUACCUGUGUUUAUACACACAAUGUUAUCUUCUCUCACAGUGUAAAUAUUAAUAUCUUCCUCAAUCUCCUCUGGAGGCAUUUUGUGGACGUCAUCAGUGCUAAUGCUAUCCAGCUAGCUAACAUGACAGGAUCAGCUGGCUCGUGAGCAUGGUUGCUAAAAUAAAAACCAUACAUUAACCAUGCAUUUUGAAGUGGAAAUGUGAAUAAUAACUUAUACAUGUUGGGUACAUGCAUUUAAAAGGGAAAUACCAAAAGGACAAAAGUGACAAUUUAAUGUUGUGUGUAAAUAGAUUAAUGACCAAUCACAUUAAAGGGGAGCGCAUUAAGUCAGCAGCGAUACGAAACACUAACCGCUGAUUGGACAGCUGAGACGUAACCAACGUAUUUUACAAGACUGAAGAUCUGAGGAUCUGUGCUCCUUUACACCACUCUGUUUACACACAACACCACUCUGUUUACACACAACACUAAUCUGUUUACACACAACAUUAAUCUGUUUACACACAACAUUAAUCUGUUUACACACAACACCAAUCUGUUUACACACAACACCAAUCUGUUUACACACAACACCACUCUGUUUACACACAACACCACUCUGUUUACACACAACAUUAAUCUGUUUACACACAACACUAAUCUGUUUACACACAACACUAAUCUGUUUACACACAACACUAAUCU